GUGACCUACAAAUGGCUGAGCUACACGCUGGGCGUCCACGUGAACCAGGCCAAACAGAUGCUCUACGAUUACGUGGAGAGGAAGCGCAGGGAGAACUCGGGGGCUCAGCUGCACGUCACCUACCUGGUGGCAGGGAACCUCCUCCAGAAUGGACACGUUUGCCACAAGGUUGCAGUAGUGAGGGAGGAUGAACUGGAAGCAAUGAAGUCCAAGCUGUCCACAAUUGCCAGUGUGCACGUGUACAGCAUCCAGAAGGCCCUGCUCAAGGACAGCUCCCCCCUCUACAACACCGACUACGACAUUGUCAAAGCAAACCUGCAGCACUGCAGCAAGUUCAGUGCCAUCCAGUGCGCCGCCGCUGAUGGCACCAGCACCCUCAAUGGCCACGGGCCCCGGGCUGCCAGGCCCCCUCCCCAGCAGCAGAAAGGCAUCAUGGGCAUGUUUGCAGCCAAAGCAGCGGCCAAGGCCCAGGACACGGCCAGGGAGGCCAAGGCAGAGGCCAAGGAGGCUCCAGGUGUGUCUGCAACAAGCAGCAAGCCACUAACAAAGAACAGCAUCAUGAACAACUUCUUUGGAAAAGCUGCUAUGAAUAAACUCAAAGCCAACUCUGUGCCUGAGCAGCCAAAGGAGGAGAAAGAAGCAGUGAAGCCUUCAGUUGCUGUAGCAGAACCAGAGUCAUCUCCCAGCACUGUAGCAGAGAAACCUGGGAAGAAAACAGAGUCUGCCAGAAUUCAGCAAAAGGACAAGAAAAGUAAAAUGAAGAGAGCAGAUAGGUCGGAUGACGAGGAGGAAAGGGAUCCCGAAAAUGUCAAGAAAAAGAGGAAGCGAAUCAAACAGCUUGUAUCUGACAGCAGUGAUGAGGAAGAUGUGCCACCCUCUCCCACACCCGAGGAAGAGAGAGCUCCAUCUCCACCCCCUGAACCUGUUCUGAAAACUGAGCUGGAGCCUGCAUCCACAGAGGUGUCAGCUGGAGGGAGGAAGAGGAAGAGGAGGCGCGUGCUGAAAUCCAAGAUGUUUAUCGAUGAAGAGGAAGGCUGCAUGGUGACUGAGAAGGUUUACGAGAGCGAGUCCUGCACGGACAGCGAGGAUGAAUUCCCCAAGCCCAAGGCACCGGCCCCACAGAAACAGCCCGUGCUGCCCACCAAGAGGGAGCCAAAGGAGGAAAGGAAGAACCCAAAGAAAGGGGCAGCUCCUGCCAGCAGAGCCAACAAGCAGGUCUCCAUCACAGGCUUCUUCCAGAAGAAAUGAACUGGGUCUGGCUCCUCUUGGUAGCUUGGGAGUGUUGCUCCCAUUUUCGUGUGGCUCUCUGCAAGCUGCUGCUGCUUGUGGGGCCAACAUGCAAGCCCUGGUUAUGCAAGGUGCCCUGCUUACUGUGUAAGGAAGCCCUCUGGACUAGAUUUUGUAUCAGAGACAAGUCUUUAUUUGUUACUGCAAUCAUUUCAGUCAUCUUCACUAGGCAGUGUGGGAACUGCCAGCUAGAGGCAACAUGCAGAGGAGCUCUUGAAAGGCUGUUGAACCUGUUCACAUGAAAUUGUAUUUUUUUAAUCACCCCUUUGGUGCUAAUUAGGAGGGGAGGUGUGGUGUUUUCCUCCCCUCUUUGUACACCCCCAACUCUUCAGAUUGGUUCACAUUGGGUGGCAGCAGCAAUGUAGCAGGUCAGACACAAAUAUUGAACAUCUACUUCAGCUUUAACUGAAUGAAAUUUACUUCAUUUUCCCCCUAAGACUGGUAAAUAGUUUUUGCUCUGCCUUUCAUAAUCUAUUUUUGGACAAAGCAGUGCAUAUAAAAUUUUCUUACUCUCUUCUUCCUUGAACUUGUAUCCUCUGUAACUUGCUCAGAUGCCUAAUUAUAGACUGGGACACUGUUGGUGUUCUGUCUUUACAAAAACAUCCUUGAGGCUUCCCACCCAAUUGGCUCUGGAGUAAUUGGGGGAAGGCUUUGCUGUUAUUGGGAAAGAACUGAUCUUCAGCCUAGGAGGCCAGUGAGCCAGAGGGAAGGGUGAUGAGAGGGCACUGCUGAUAACACCAGGCAGGUACCAGGGAGCAGCACGAGCUGCAUUGCAGGCUUUGGAAGUUUGGGGUUGCCUGAAGGGUUAUUUUACAGGCGUGAACCAGACAAGAGAAGAGAUUUUCCUUGGACAUCUCAUCACCUGCCUGCUGAAGGAAGAGUGCCGCGGCACAUGGUCCUGAGGAACCUGUUGUGGAGAGGAAUAAAGCACAGCAAUCCUGUUAACCACAAAGGAGCUCUUGGUCUGCGCCUCCUGCUUGGCUGCUGCUGGGGCUGACAGACACAUGGCAAAGCUUUUCCAGAGGGGUGAUGCUGAGCCUUCCUGAGCCUUGGGCUGCUGAGUGCUCCCAGGCAGGGGCUGGUGGAGAGGAGCUGCUGCACCCCAGCAAACCCUGUGCUGUGGCCUGGCAAGAGAAUGAUCAGCCUUAUUCUGGUUUAUUGAAAAAGUUUAACUGUGGAGAGCAAAACCCACCCUGCCACAGGGGUUCUGUUGUUUUAGGUGGAGUUGAGGGGGUAUUUUUAAAGGCAAUGAGAACAAAUUCCAUUAAACACA